AUGCGCGUCGCUUACCGCGAAUUGGAUUUAUUGAUGCUGACGAACCCGGUGCAUUCGCCUUUCUUGAUCCUCGUCACGUUGUUCGAGCAAUUCACACUAUACCCGCGUUUGCACAUGGACGCACGGAUGAGUACCUGCGGCCCUCAAUCGCAAGGCAUCCUCGAGAAUAUGACAUACUACGAACCUGAUGCGGAACACAUGUAUAGCUUUGCUGAUUGCGACAUGUUCAUGCGCUUCCGCGGCGGUGGUAUCGGUCACAUGGCAAUCGCUGAAGUCACUGAACGCCUACUGCAGGAAAGUCAUGAAGACAUGCAAGAUAACCUGGAGGGUCAUCCGACAGACAAGCCCUCGAUUCCUGAUGCUUUGCGCCCGGCCCGGGGUAGAGAUCAAGAGUACGCUGAUGUGCGCCACUCGGAGGUAGUACUCGGAAAUCCUCCAAACACGCUGACCGUGGGGAUGCUGUGCCAGGAGGGUCCCAAUAAUAUACAGGCCGAGGAAGCAGACUACGGAUAUAUUGACAAUGAUGCCGAAGACAUAGAUGAUGGGGGUGAGAUUGGGACUGACGACGAAGAUGCUUUGGGUCCUGAAGAUGGGGAAGACGAUGGUGGUGAUGAUCCCUGCACAGUCGAAGGAUACGCAUCAUUAUGA